UUGCUCUCCAGCUCGAGGGACGCGGCCUCUGGAGAGGGGCGAGAGAGGGGAGCGUUGACGGCCUCCCUGCACAGCUCACAACCCACGUAACAAAGCCCGGCACCUCGCCAACGUAUUAACUUCCUCGAAGUCAAGGACCAUUUGUGGUGCAUCUUUACACUCUAUAUCUUGGAGGAUGUGGACACUGACCAUGGGAAUCAAGGGACUCCUGCUGGUCUGUGUGUCUCUCCAAGUAGACUGAGGGCUUCUUGAGCUUUUGAAGCUUCUGAAGGACCUGUCUCCAUCUGCCCUGGGACUUCGCUGGGCGGUGGAGAGAGAAGCCAGUUGAUGGACAGUCUGUUCAGCUAAUGGUUUCUUCCAGACUGGUUUCCAUGUACGUGCAGGAAGGAAGGUUCCGAAUCGAGGAGAGGACGCUGACAGCCUUCCAGUGGCUCUACAGCCCACAGCAGCACCGCAUCCUCAGCCGUGCUGACCUUGAGUCUCCCUCCAGGAUCGACAAGACCAUGCUGGCGAGCCUGAAGGUCAAGAAGCAGGAGCUGGCCAACAGCUCUGAUGUGACCCUCCCGGACCGGCCACUGUCCCCUCCUCUCACUGCCCCUCCCACCAUGAAGUCGGCGGAGUUCUUCGAGAUGUUGGAGAAAAUGCAGGGGAUCAAGCUUGAAGAGCAGAAGCCAGGACCCCAGAAGAAUAAGGAUGACUAUAUCCCGUAUCCCAGCAUUGAUGAGGUUGUGGAGAAAGGAGGCCCAUACCCCCUGAUUGUCCUGCCCCAAUUUGGGGGCUAUUGGAUCGAGGACCCGGAGAAUGUGGGCACGCCGACCUCCCUGGGCAGCAGCAUCUGUGAGGAGGAGGAAGAGGACAGCCUCAGCCCUAGCACAUUCGGCUACAAGUUGGAGUGCAGGGGCGAAGCCAGGGCCUACCGCAGGCACUUCCUAGGGAAGGAUCAUCUCAACUUCUACUGUACCGGCAGCAGUCUGGGGAACUUGCUUCUGUCCAUCAAGUGUGAGGAGGCUGAGGGCAUUGAGUACCUUCGGAUCAUUCUCAGGUCCAAACUGAAGACAGUGCAUGAGCGGAUCCCUUUGGCUGGACUGAGCAAGUUGCCCAGUGUCCCUCAGAUUGCAAAGGCUUUCUGUGAUGACGCAGUGGGACUGAAGUUCAACCCUGUCCUGUACCCCAAGGCCUCCCAAAUGAUCGUGUCCUACGACGAGCAUGAUGUCAACAACACAUUCAAAUUUGGGGUCAUCUAUCAAAAAGCCAGGCAGACCCUGGAGGAAGAGCUAUUUGGCAACAAUGAGGAAAGCCCAGCCUUCAAGGAGUUCUUGGAUCUGCUGGGGGAUACGAUCACACUGCAAGAUUUCAAAGGCUUCCGAGGAGGCCUGGAUGUGAUCCAUGGACAGACGGGGCUGGAAUCAGUGUACACAAUAUUCCGGGACAGGGAGAUCAUGUUUCACGUCUCCACAAAGCUGCCAUUUACAGAGGGAGACGCCCAGCAGCUGCAGAGAAAGAGACACAUUGGGAAUGACAUCGUGGCCAUCAUCUUCCAAGAAGAAAACACACCGUUUGUCCCAGACAUGAUCGCCUCCAACUUCCUACAUGCCUACAUUGUGGUGCAGGCCGAGGGCCCGGGCCCCGAGACUCCAACCUACAAGGUUUCUGUCACGGCGAGGGAAGACGUGCCUGCCUUUGGCCCACCACUGCCCAGCCCCCCUGUUUUCCAGAAGGGCCCGGAGUUCAGAGAGUUUCUGCUCACCAAGCUCACCAAUGCAGAGAAUGCGUGCUGCAAGUCAGACAAGUUUGCAAAGCUGGAGGACCGGACGAGAGCCGCCCUCCUGGACAACCUUCACGAUGAGCUCCAUGCCCACACACAAGCCAUGCUGGGACUGGGCCCCGAAGAGGACAAGCUUGAAAAUGGGGGUCACGGAGGGUUUCUGGAGUCUUUUAAGAGGGCCAUCCGUGUGCGCAGUCACUCCAUGGAGACCAUGGUGAGCAGCCAGAAGAAGCAGCACAGUGCGGGCAUCCCUGGCAGCCUCAGCGGGGGCAUCUCCCACAACAGCAUGGAGGUCACCAAGACUACCUUCUCACCUCCAGUGGCGGUGGCAACAGCGAAGAACCAGUCCCGGAGCCCCAUCAAGCGGCGGUCGGGCCUCUUCCCCCGCCUGCACACAGGCUCUGAAGCCCAAGGGGACAGCCGGACACGAUGCGACAGUGCAUCCAGCAACCCUAAGACCCCGGAUGGCGGGCAUUCUUCUCAGGAGAUAAAGUCUGAGACCUCAUCCAAUCCCAGCUCACCAGAAAUCUGCCCCAACAAGGAGAAGCCCUUCAUCAAGUUGAAGGAGAACGGCCGAGCCAACAUCUCCCGCUCCUCCUCCAGCACCAGCAGCUUCAGCAGCACCGCGGGGGAGGGCGAGGCCAUGGAGGAAUGUGACAGCGGGAGCAGCCAGCCUUCCACAACCUCGCCUUUCAAGCAGGAGGUGUUUGUCUACAGCCCGUCCCUGAGCAGCGAGAGCCCCAGCCAGGGGGCAGCCGCCACCCCCAUCAUCAUGAGCCGGAGUCCGACGGAUGCCAAAAGCAGAAACUCCCCAAGGUCAAACCUGAAAUUCCGCUUUGAUAAGCUCAGUCAUGCCAACUCUAGUGCGGGUCACUAAUGUGAAAGAGGAGUCCUUCAUCUGUCAAAGGGAAUCCCUGAUUCUGCCUCAGAGAAGGCUCCUAUUCCAGCAGUUUGGGGGUGCCAUCCACUACACUGACCGUCACAGGACUGCUGGCCCACUGGCCACCUGCCCGCCAGACUGGCUGUCUGUCCCUGUGUUCCUACCUGACCAUCCCUUCAUCAGGACGCCCUGCGAGCCCCUCCCCAUCUCUGGACAAGGCCUUAUUCCUCCAGGCUCCCCCUGCUCCUGGCCGCCGAUGUGAUGUGUGUUUCAGUCACUUGUCAUCUCCUUGUGUCUGUGGAGGAAAGACUUGGCUCUGGUUACCAGGACUCAGUCAGAGACCAGAGAGGCGGAGAGUGGUGAGGUGGGAAGUAGAGGCCGACAGCGCCGUGUGCUCAGUGGUGGUGGAGCGCAUUGUGACUGGUGGUGGAGGGGGACGUUGCCAGGAGCCAGGGUUUGUAGCUGUUCUUGGGCAAAAACAGCUCUCUUGCUCCCACAUCUCUGGAGCUUCCAAACAUCUGUUUGCUUCUGUGCUAGAAACUUCUUCUCUGUCUGCUGACCUCGCUCCCAGGGCUACCUGCAUCCCUGCUGCCAGUGUACCUUGGCCAGCCCAGCCUGUGGAAGGGGAGACAGAGCUGGGCGUGUGUGGGAGCAGGUGCCAGUCUCUUUCUUGAUGGCAGCUGCAGCUUUUUGUCUCACCGAAUGUCCCACAGGCUCCUUUUGUGGCUGCUGAGAGAGCAGCCCUCUGUCAGUCUCUCUUCUGUGAGCAGGUCUUUUGCCCACGAAGAGGUGGGCAUUCAGGGGUGAGAAGGAAUUUGGGGAGUACAGGCUGGUGGGCCCUGGGACCUUGGCUGACGAAGACCUCAGGGCUGAGGCUAGGCAGGGAUCUAGGUCUCCGCUGGAGAUGGGGUUCAUGCGAGACAUCAAGAGAGACUUGAGCCCUCCCCUUAGUGGGAGAGUCAAGGUGGGGCUGACUUGUCAGAUUUGGGCAGACUGAUGUGUGAGUGGAGACCCGGUGUAGGGAUGGUGUAGUGUCCUGCAGUUUAAGUUCCUGGCACCCAUGGAGGCCCAGUGCUGCUGGGGGGCCCUUUCCAGCUAUUGUGCCCUUGGACCGUGUCCAGACAUUGACCUCAAUCCUCUUACCCUUUCCAACUUCAGGUCUGUAGGCAAUUGUCACAUCUGUGGGAUUCUGCAACCUGGACCCCAGCUGGUGGGGUUCAGACACCAUAGCCCUGUGCCUCAGUCAGCGCCUCCUUCAUCCAGAUGAGCCAGCGGGUUCUCUGAGGAGCAGCCUCCCCCACAGUUCUCACCAUUCCGAGUCUGCAGUGUGACAGGCCAAGGCUGCUUCUGGCCUAGUAGGGCUUUAAGGUAGGGGGUUCUCCAAAUAAAGCAGUCUGAAGAGCAGAUUCUGGGAGGUGCUGCAGCUUUAGGUGCAUAUGGGGCCUCGUGACACCAGGCUGCCGGGGGAUGCUGGCCGGGCUCCUGUUAUAAUGAGCAGAUGACAAGGAUUUCCAACCAAAUGCUUUAUUUGCAUUGGGAUCUGGGCCUAGUCCCAAGUCAAGGCAUCUAAAUGUUAAACUUGGCUCCUCCCCCCCCCC